UCUCCAACACAUACAGACACACCACAAUUUCCCUGUGAGGUAAAUCCCCCAGCAUUCCACUUAUAUGCUCUGUCACAGCCCUCCCACUCUUCCAAAUUGUGUGUGUGUGCGUGCGUGUGUGUGUGUGUGUGGGUCACCACUCUUCUCUGACAUUCCUGGGUAGAGCCAAGAGGCAGCGAGUUCAGCUGCAGAGAGUCAGAACUACAAAUCCAACUCAGUAGGGAAAGUUCUACUUUUCUAUUUUUUUCUGAUUUUCAAAAGUUUCACAAGGGAUUUCCAGAGAAGCAUCCUAUCCAGUUCCAGUUUUCCUCAUGCUCUUCUUCUCCAUCUGCCUCCCUUGCUCCAGACCGCGGACACUUGUGCCGGGGAACACUUUUAGAGAGGUAAAAACCGAACAAGGACGUGGAGUUGCAACAGCACACACAAAGAGACCCUGGCUCCUAUAAAGAUGGCUGACAUGUUGCAGCCAGACUCCAGCAGCCUGCAGUUACCCGGGGAUCGCUUAUCAGCCCCUUCAUCGCCUGCCACAGCUAGAAAUGACUGCGGCAUCACCCCCCUCACCCCCUCACCAUCACCGAUGGUGGAGGUCAAACCCAGGAUGUCGCAUCCGUUCUCGGUUGUCGUGGCGAUAGACUUUGGGACGACCUCCAGCGGCUACGCGUUCAGCUUCACACAGGACUCAGACGCCAUCCACAUGAUGAAGCGCUGGGAGGGUGGCGACCCUGGGGUGGCCAAUCAGAAGAGUCCGACUUGUCUGCUGCUGACUCCUGAUUUGCGGUUCCACAGUUUUGGGUUUGCGGCCCGGGACUUCUACCACGACCUGGACCCAGAGGAGGCUCGCCACUGGCUGUACUUCGAUAAGUUCAAGAUGAAGAUCCACAGCACGAGUGACCUCACCAUGGAGACGGAGCUGGAGGCGGUGAACGGGCGGAGGGUCAGAGCCAUCGAGGUUUUUGGUCAUGCCCUGCACUUCUUCAGGGAACAUGCUCUAAAGGAGGUGAAGGAUCAGUCGUCAUCCGUGCUGGAGGGAGAAGAUGUCCGAUGGGUACUCACCGUACCCGCUGUGUGGAGACAACCGGCCAAACAGUUCAUGAGAGAGGCCGCGUACCUGGCUGGUCUGGUGUCCCGCGACUGUCCUGAGCAGCUCCUCAUCGCACUGGAGCCCGAAGCUGCGUCCAUCUACUGCCGUAAGCUCCGCCUCCACCAGGUGCUCGACCUGAGCUUGCAGCCGAUCGCGAAUGGCUUUGAUCUGGAAGGGUCGCGGCCCUUUGACUCCAGCUUCAGACAAGCGAGGGAGCAACUGAGGCGGUCGAGACACAGCAGGACCUUCCUGGUGGAGAGUGGAACCGGAGAGCUGUGGUCUGAGCUACAGACUGGUGACAGGUACAUUGUUGCAGACUGCGGAGGAGGAACAGUUGACCUGACAGUCCAUCAAAUCGAGCAGCCGCAGGGAACCCUCAAAGAGCUCUACAAGGCUUCAGGCGGUCCGCACGGCGCCGUGGGAGUGGACCUGGCCUUCGAAGCCAUGCUGUGCCAGAUCUUCGGCGAGGACUUCAUCCUGAGCUUCAAGGCCAAGCGGCCGGCGGCCUGGGUGGACCUCACCAUCGCGUUCGAGGCGAGGAAACGGACGGCGGCGCCAGGCAGGGCCAACGCCCUCAACAUCUCCCUGCCCUUCUCCUUCAUCGACUUCUACAAGAGACACAAGGGGCAGAGCGUGGAGGCCGCCCUGAGGAGGAGCAAUAUGAACAUCGUGAAGUGGUCGUCCCAGGGGAUGUUGCGGCUGACACAGGAAGCCAUGAACGAGCUCUUCCAGCCCACCAUUGACAAAAUCGUCAAACACAUCGAGGAGCUGAUGGCGAAGCCGGAGGUGUGCGGCGUGCGUUUCCUCUUCCUGGUGGGCGGUUUCGCGGAGUCGCCCAUGCUGCAGAGAGCAGUCCAGAGGGCGGUGGGGCGGACGUGUCGCAUCAUCAUCCCCCACGACGUCGGGCUGACCAUACUGAAGGGCGCCGUGCUCUUCGGGCUGGAUCCCACUGUGGUCAGAGUGCGCCGGUGCCCCCUGAUCUACGGCGUCGGCGUCUUGAACCGCUUCGUGGAGGGGCGCCACCCUCGCGACAAGCUCCUCGUCAAGGAGGGCCGCGAGUGGUGCACCGACAUCCUCGACCGCUUCGUGUGCAUCGACCAGUCGGUGGCCCUGGGCGAGGUGGUGAGGCGGAGCUACACGCCGGCUCGCCUGGGCCAGCGGAAGAUCAUCAUCAACAUCUACUGCAGCUCGGCGGAGGACGUCGCCUACAUCACCGACCCCGGGGUCAGGAAGUGCGGGACGAUAACUUUGGACCUACCGGAACCGCUCCCAGUGCCGGGGGGAGCGGGAGCAGGAGGGGGGGCGGGCCCAGAGAGGAGAGAGAUCAGGGCGACCAUGCAGUUCGGAGACACGGAGAUCAAAGUCACGGCCGUGGACGUCAUGUCUAACCGCUUCGUCCGGGCUUCCAUUGACUUCCUGUCCAACUGAGGAGGAGCAGGAAGUAGAGACGAGGAUUGGAAAAACACAGGGGGGGGGGAAAAAAAACUGAUUCUAGGGAUGAUAACUGUAGAGAAAAAAAAGCGGUACUUUGGGGCGUCGGCUUUGCAUUCUAAGAAGGAAACUGAUAUCCUGGUGUGCCGACAUUUAUGCAACUUUUUUAUUCAUUACAGUAGUAAAAUAAGAUUAACUCUGACUUAAAAAAGAAAAAAGAAAACAUGUCAGCAUGUUCUCAACUGAAGGAGAGGGCGCCCUAAGUACCCCCAUCAAAAGAAGACGCCACUCAGUGUCACGUGACGCCACACGCAGAGCUCAUGCCAGCAGGUGGCUGAGAUGCAAUAUUCCCACUUUCCGUGGUGUAUUUCAGCUAUUAGACUACCUAACGUGAGAAUCACUCAUCUUAUUAGUUAAACAUGGUGGCUGCUGCCCCCCAUGCAACGAAUUACACAAGGAUGUGUCACAGCAUCAUUUCGAUCCCAUUUCACACUCCAUUUACAGAUAUUGAUAGAACCAGGUUGCCUGCAGCCGUUCCCCCCUUGUGAAUACGUCCAGGCUCGACCUGGUGGUGAAAAGACAGAACUUCCUACAGGCUGUGGGUCAAACGGCCUAUUUAAACUUUGUGUUAAAAACCCUGGGAAGGGACGCGGCAUUGUUGCUUAUUUCUCAUUGAGUACGUCACCAUUCUGGUGUAAUGUUUGGGACGGUUGAUUGUAAAUCAGGGUAAGAGCACCAUCCGUAUAAUAAGCUAUUUUACCAGAUUAUACUUUAUUAUUCACAUACAAUGGGAGUGGACUUCCUUGCCUUCCUGCUGCAUCCUUGUCUUUCUCAGCAGAUAGAAGGCUCAGUUAUUAUGGAGGAUGACUCAGUUGUUAAUCAACUGAGGAACCAGUUUGAUGCAUUUAAAAUGUAAUGAUAAAGUACAGCUUUAGGUAUUUUGUCUAAUUGUGGUCAUCAUUUUCACACUUUAACAGAUGCCGUCAUCACAUUUAAAGCUUGCCUUUGUUGUAAUAAACUGUAUUCAUGUUAGA